UCGGGGAGGGAUCGAGAGAUUCGGAGACGUGGAAGUCCCUCCGUCAUGGCUGCCCCCAAAACCUCCGCGACGGGCGGUAUCUCCUCGACGAGCAGCGGGACUAACUUGCUUUUCUCCUCCUCAGCCACAGAAUUCAAUUUCACCGUCCCCUUCAUCCCCGUCAGCCAAACCCCUCCUCCGCCUGUGGCUGCUUCGGGACCUGGCCUCCUUCCCGCAGAUGAUAACACAGAUGUUGGUGAAGAAGACAGUUUCCUAGGCCAGACAUCAACAAAUCUAAACCCCCCAUCUACAUUCAGUUAUUUCUCCCAAAUUCCUAGCAGUGGUGAUCCCUUUGGAAGCAUUGGACAACCACCCUUAGGGAUGGCAACCUCACUCCAAGCUGGAACGUCUGUUUUCUCCAAGCCUCCAGUUUCUCUCCCUCUUCUGCCUGGAUCACAAGAUGGGCCAAGUAUAUUUUCGGCUACUGUUUCCAAAUCACAGUCUUUUAAUACACCAUCUACUUCAGUACAAGGAAUUGGUACUUAUCAAACACCUCAGCAGAGUGGUCCUCCACCAACAGUCUUUUCAACUCCACCUCAGGGAGCAUCACAACAAGGUUAUAAUCCGUAUCGUCAUACUACUUUAAGUAGUAGAGCCAAUCCUUACAUCACUCCACCACAGUUGCAACAGACACAAACACCUGCCCAGGGUCCCCAGCCUUCGCCUUCUGUAUCACCUAUGCAGAAAUAUCCAACUCCCGCAGGGCCAAUGCCACCGUCAGCACUGUCACCUCAGACAUCAAUGUCAGCAGGCACACUUGUGAAGGCACCACCUGUGUUACUACAUAACCAGUAUGAACCAGUUCAGCCACAUUGGUUUUACUGCAAGGAAGUGGAAAACAAGGAGCUAUGGAUGCCAUUCAGUGAUCUAGAUUCUACAGCUCUAGAGAAGGUUUAUAAUUCUGUGCAACCUGAUCCAGAGAAUGUAGUCUUGAGUACUGAUGGAGGACGCUAUGACAUUUAUCUAUAUGACCGAGUGAGAAAAGCUGUGUAUUGGGAAGAACAACAAUCUGAAGUAAGACGAUGUACUUGGUUUUAUAAGGGAGAUAAAGACAGCAGGUUUAUUCCUUAUACUGAGGAUUUCAGUGAAAAACUAGAGGCUGAAUAUAAGAAAGCUGUUACCACAAAUCAGUGGCAUCGGCGAUUGGAAUUUCCAGGUGGAGAAACUUUUGUUAUGCAUAAUCCUAAGGUUAUAGUUCAGUUCCAGCCUUCUUCAAUACCAGAUGAAUGGGGCACCACGCAAGAUGGUCAGACCAGACCAAGAGUAGUAAAACGUGGAAUUGAUGAUGAUCAUGAGGACAUUCCAGAUGGUGAAGUUUCUCAAAUUGAUCAUUUGGUAUUUAUGGUUCAUGGAAUUGGCCCAGUCUAUGAUCUGCGCUUCAGAAGCAUUGUUGAAUGUGUUGAUGACUUUCGGACAGUAUCCCUGAAAUUGCUGCAAACGCAUUUUAGGAAAUCAGUAGAAGAACAUAAAGUGAGCAGAGUCGAGUUCCUGCCAGUUCAUUGGCAUAAUGCUUUGCAUGGAGAUGCAACAGGGGUGGAUAGGAAUAUUAAAAAAAUAACAUUGCCAACUAUUGGACGCCUACGCCACUUCACCAAUGAGACUCUACUUGAUAUCCUGUUUUACAAUAGCCCCACUUACUGCCAAACAAUUGUGGAUAAAGUAACAAUGGAGAUGAACCAUCUGUAUGUACUUUUCAUGAGCAGAAACCCUGACUUUAAAGGAGGAAUCUCUGUUGCUGGCCAUAGUUUAGGAUCCUUGGUUCUAUUUGACAUACUGUCCAAUCAAAAGGAUUGGACUUCUGCAGUUAAUUCUGUUCCUGUUGCUGCCAAUGGUGCUGUGAGAGAUGUGACAGAUGACCAGCAGGUGUCAUUGAAUUCUAAUUCUGCUGGUUGCCUUUCUCAUUUAAAUGAUGAACAUAUGGAUCAUGAGGAGGAGGAGGAUAUUCCAACUUUGCAAAGAACUUUGGAAAUGCUUAGUUUGUCUGAGUACAUCAGUACUUUUGAAAAGGAAAAGAUUGACAUGGAAUCUCUGUUGUUGUGUACGGUUGAUGACCUGAAGGAAAUGGGAAUACCUCUUGGGCCUCGGAAGAAGAUAGCAAACUUUGUAAAAGACAGAGCAGCCAAACAGGAACAAAGAAAGGCAUUACUAGAGAAAAAGGCAAUGGAAGAAGAAAUUGCUCAGACAGUUAAGAAAUUUUCUGCUGCUGCUGCAUCUUCAGAACCUGCCAUUCCUCAAGAGGCGUCCAAACGAAAACGCCCAUUUGGGGCAUCAAUUUCAUCUGCACACAUAGACUAUGAAUUUUGUGAAGUGGGGACAGGCCAGGUAUCGGUGGUAUACAGCACACUUGAGUUUGAGCCAGAGAUUUUCUUUGCUUUGGGUUCUCCAAUUGGUGUAUUUCUCACUGUAAGAGGAGUGGAAAAAAUUGAUGAAAGCUACAGGCUGCCAACCUGCAAGGGAUUUUUUAACAUAUAUCAUCCGCUUGAUCCAGUGGCCUACAGGUUAGAACCUAUGAUUAUUUCUGACUUUGAUGUAAAAUCGGUCCUCAUUCCACAUCACAAAGGCAGAAAAAGACUCCACCUUGAAUUGAAAGAUUCUCUCUCUCGAAUGGGAUCAGACUUGAAACAAGGUUUUCUUAGCUCUUUGAAAAGUGCUUGGCAAACCCUUAAUGAAUUUGCACGUGCCCAUACCUCUUCUACUCAACUCCAAGCAGAAUUGGAGAAAGUGGCCCAUCAGAUUAAAGCAGAAGAAGAAAAAGACGAGGCAGAAGCAGAAAAGAUAGUGGAAAGUUCAGAACUUCCAAAGGAUGAAGACUUGAGUAUAAAAGUUGGUUUGCUAAAUGGAGGUCGUCGUAUUGAUUAUGUUCUGCAAGAAAAACCUAUAGAAAGUUUUAAUGAGUAUCUUUUUGCUCUACAGAGUCACUUGUGCUACUGGGAAUCAGAAGAUACUGCUUUACUUCUUCUAAAAGAAAUCUAUAGAACUAUGAAUGUUUAUCCUGAACAACCACAACAUUGAUAUCAGAACACCUGUAAUCCAAAAUGUCAUUUCUCAUCUUUGUUCUGGCUUGCCAACAGCCUUUGAAGAAAACGACACCAAUUCCAAUCCAUAGAUGACAGAAGUGGUUUCAGUCUGCAGCCUUCAGUUUCUAAACUACCUUUUUGUGUCAUUUUAAAAAGAAACAUUGGGUGUGGAAAAAAACCUGAUUUAUUCCUUAGAGCAUAUAUAUGGUUUUCCUAGCCUUGAAUCAUAUGGGGCAUUUUUGCCAAACUUAAAUGAUCUUUAAAAAAAUGUAUGGCAUGCAAAUUAAUAUUUCUAAUCUGUCUUGGUUCAUAGGUUUAUCAGGCCUGUGUUUUUGAUCAGGACUGUAUUUUUUAAAAUAAUAUCUUUGUGGUAAAUAGCAAUAAUACUUUUUUUUAUUUAAGAAAUGCAUUGGUCCCAUUUCUUUAAAAAUGUAAACUUAACAUCAGACUUGUUUACUUACACAUUUACAUCAACCACUGAAUUUGCAAAAUAAAUAAUUGGAAUCAAUUUCAUACAACAGCAGGCUUACCAUUACAUUUUUAUAAAAGUCUGAGCCUCCGAAAGAAGUGUUUUUUUAUUUUUGUGACAUGAACUUUUACUCUAGGUUAUAUAGAAAAUUGCUGUAAACUAAUUCAGCACUUGUACUUCUUGCUUUUCUGUCUGCAUAUUGAGUAGAGAACAAUGAGCUAAAUUUGGUUUGGCAUUGAUGAUCAUGGUAGGAUACAUGUAUCUAUAUGUGAUUUGAGGACUAAACAUGGAAAUAUAUGCAUUAAUGGCCCUGGGAUGGAGGAGUGUUUUGAAGAUCAAAUUUAGUUAGUGUCUUGACAUUGCCAAGAGCACUUGCCUUGUUUCCAUAGUGAAAUAUCUGAGAGUUUCAUAAAUAAAUUUAUCAACACUGGACUUCUGAAGCUUAUUUUCCAUUAUCACUUCUGAUUUUUUCCCCCUGCAUAUUAAGCAAUGUUUCAUUAAAGUGAUAUUGUAAUGGUUACUUGCUGUGGAUUAUUUUAGUUUAGUAGUAUUUUUCAAUAAUAUGAUUUGGCCUGGGUGCAGGGGGUGGUGUUAGUAUUUAUCCUGAAAUGGACAUUAUGUUAGUUCUUGAGAAGAAGAUCCAAAAUAGGUGAGACAUGUAACUUGAUCAUCUUCUGCCUGUUGUAUGGUCUAUGCAAUUAAAAAGCUUGUAUAUUUUUAAAUUAACAGAAGUAAAUUCAUUGUAGUAUAUUAUCACAUAGUUAUUUUAUAUAUCUUUAAGAACUGUGAUAUUAGUGAGCUUUGUAGAAAGUUUUUAUGCUUCUUUUGGUGAUUCUGAUCUUAUUUCUGAAAGCAAGAGAUUUGUUUUUUCUUAUUCUAAGUACUUGCUAUGCUGUUUGUCAUAAAUGAAAUUUAACAUGUUUCUCAUUAAACUGGAAUACAUUCUGUCACAGAAAUAGCAAAUGAAGCAGCUUCUAGUCAUAAAACAACAACUGGAGAAGCCCUGCAAUAUUACCCAGAUUAAACUUGUCUCUAAACCAGUGUUUCUCAACCUCAGCAGCUUUAAGGUAUGUGGACUUUGACUCCCAGAAUUCUGGGAAUUGGAGUCCACACAUCUUAAAAGUUGCUGAGGUUGAGAAACACUGUUCUAAACAGGUUUCAGGAUCAUAAAUUUGGUAUUCAGAUCACAUUCCCAGUCAUUCUGGUCACAUACCAAGGAAGGAAAGACACGCAAAGGUUUUCAAGAAUCAACAACAGUAUUGUGUAUAUAGAGUUUGCUGAAGUGAAAAUGUAAAGUCAGGUAAAAUAAAUGUAAUGAUUGCCACUGUGAAAAAUACAGAAGUAUUUAUUAUCACAUUUAAUUUAAAGAAGUUUGCUUUGUUUUUUGUUGUGCAUUGUUUAUUGCCAUGGAAAUAAAUAGUGCAAACCUGA